CCACCCCCUAGGCAGGGGAGAGGAGAGAGCCCUGCUGCACAGGAGGCCCAGCAGCUCCUCCUCCACCACGCUGGCCCUCCAUGGAAGCCUUGGUCUGUGCGUUCUCUGAGCUGCGCAUAAGAGAAGAUGCAGUGAGUUGGGCCCAAGGACACCCCAGCCACCCCGACACGCCACCCAACAUCUAUGAGGGGGGACUGGGGGCCCAGCAGCAGCAGUGCCCCAGUGCCCAGGGAAGCAAGCCCAAGAACUUCCGGCUGCGCCACCUCCGGGGCCUGGCUCUCUACCUGCCGGGUCACAUGCAGCUCGCCAGCCAGUGUGAGAGCCACUGGCUGGGCCGGCUCAUGGCUGGGGGCUGCCUCCCACAGCCCGAGGGCAUGCAGCAGACUCUGGGCCCAGGUAAUAGCCACUGCUCAGCCCUUCUGGAAGCUCAACUGUCCAGGGAUAGCCUGGGAAAUACAGCUUCCAGUUCCAGCACGGACCCAGCCAAGGGUGCAUCCUCCCAGCCUGGUCCCCCCAAAGUCUUGGGGCUCAGGCCCAAGAGGUCCUGGGGGACCUCAGAGGAGUCUACAUGCCCCUUGUGCAAGAGAACCCGCUCUGAGGCUCUGGAGAGGCCAUAGGAUCUGAGUGCCAGGGCUGGUUCUCCUAGAUCGGGACAGGAGGGGAAAGGAUAGCCCAGGAGGAUGGGGAGGCAGGUCCAGAGAGGAGUGGCUUAGCUCCCACAGCAGCACCCCCAUACCGAGACACCCUGGCAGCUGCCCAGCACCAGAGCCUGGGCCAGCCUGGGGAAAACUCGAGGCGGGAGGGAGGCGGAGGCCUGGCAGGAGGGACAGAAAAAAUAGAAGCCUGGGUGUGCUCUUGUAGCCUGCUCCAACUCAAGUCGGUCACUUGUACCCGGGAGGCCGGGUUGAGCCGAGACUUGGCCAGAGCCCGCAGGUCUAAUCUCAAUAAAAGCCAAGCCCU